UUGUAUUGUCCGUCACGCUCACAUGCCCACAAGACUUAAACGCCACAAACACUGCCAUCAGCUCCACCGCAGCAUGGGCGUUUCGCGGUGGCUCAACCGCAUUGUGGGCUUCAUCGUCUUCUCUUUCCUCGACAUUGUGGAUUUCUUGCUUUGCUUCACCUAUAAGGCACUAGACUUCUUCUUCGAGUCAGAAUGGAAACCCUGUUACUGCUCGCCUCCGCCGCCAGCCAAACCUUCCGACGGCGGGGCCGGCAGGGGCGGCAGGAUUAUUGUCUCGGAAAGAGGCGAGUACUCGAAGGUUGUGUCGCUUACAAGCACGAAGAUCCAUUUUGACGAGAUCUCAGAUACACUUUAUUCACGCCCUUCUCUUCCGACAAGGCUCUCCAAGCUCGUGAGCUUUGCGAAAUGCUUCAAGGGUCGUUUCAAUCACCAUGUUGAGAAAUCUUGUGAUCAAAGGAAGAGUAAGAGGAGGUAUGUGACAGUUAGUUCAACUGUGGUGGAGAAGUUGCAGAGAGUACCAAGAUGGUCCGAUUGCCAUUGUGGGUUUUGCAUUUCAUGGGUUUCUUCUUCAAAAGAUUCACUCUUUGUAAGAGUUCAACAACCCAAAGAUAGCAAGGCGCAAGAAAACGUGGUGUUCAUCCACGGGUUCUUAUCAUCGUCAGCGUUUUGGACGGAGACGGUGUUCCCAAACUUUACAGAAACAACGAAAUCCAAGUACAGGCUGAUAGCGAUAGACCUGUUGGGAUAUGGGAGAAGUCCGAAGCCAAACGACUCGUUGUACACCUUGAGAGAGCACUUGGACAUGAUCGAGAGGUCAGUGAUCUCCGAGUUCAGGCUGAAAACAUUCCACGUCGUGGCUCACUCCUUGGGCUGCAUUUUGGCUAUUGCCCUCGCCGUCAGACAUCCCGGUUCCAUCAAGUCCCUCACCUUACUCGCCCCUCCGUACUACGCGGUGCCAAAGGGAGUGGAGGCGACGGGGUACGUGAUGAGAAAGGUGGCUCCGAAGGAGGUGUGGCCGCCGAUAUCCUUCGGUGCUUCGGUGGCGUGUUGGUACGAACACAUCAGCCGGACAGUGAGUCUUUUGCUUUGCAAGAACCAUCGCCUGUUGGAUCUUCUCACCAGACUCCUCACCCGCAACAGGAUUCGAACGUAUUUGAUAGAAGGGUUCUUCUGCCAUACGCACAACGCGUCAUGGCACACGUUGCACAACAUCAUAUUCGGCACGGGAAGUAAACUGGACGCCUACUUGGACUUUGUCCGCGACAACGUGGACUGUGACGUCAGCAUCUUCCAUGGAAGCAGGGACGAGGUCAUCCCUGUGGAUUGUAGCCACAACUUCAAGAGGAGAGUGCCACGUGCUAGAGUCAACGUAGUCAACGACAUGGAUCACAUCACCAUCGUCGUGGGCAGACAGAAGGAGUUCGCCAGGGAGCUGGAGGAGAUUUGGCGGAGGUCCUGCCUUUGAGAAUCUUCUCUAUUUUUUUUCAGUGAAGGAGAAGAAUCGAAGCCUAUGUAUUUGCACCUGCUUUUUCUGUAGAUAUACGGCUUCCAAGUCGCAUAUUGAUUACUUUAAUUACGAAAAGUUUGGCAUUCGCUUUUUCUAUCAUAUUGUAUAACAUAGAUCAAUUAAUAUCAUCCUUGUUGUAAAACACCGGUCAUGUUUUGUUGGAAACAAGUAUUACUUAGA